UAGUGUAUCAUUGGCAGUUGUAUGGCUAAUUACUGAGCUCAAACUUUUAUUUAAAAAAAAGUAUUAUAAUAUUAAAGUUCAAUUUUAUAUAAAAUAUUGAAAAUCCAAUUCUGGAAGUUCAUUUCAUAAAAUUUUAACAUAAAAAAGCUUCAACUAAAAUAUGAGCGAAAAAAGUAAAUUGUGUUCAAACGAAAAGUGUUGUUUCAAUUCGUGGAAACAACACACUCACCGCAGGCAUGGAGAUCAACCAAAAAUAUUUUCGAAUAUUUUGGAAACUGUUGGACAUACGCCGUUGGUGAAGUUGAAUAAAAUUCCAAAAGAAGCUGGUUUGAAAUGCGACGUUUACGCAAAAGUCGAAUUUUUCAAUCCGGCUGGGUCGAUUAAAGACCGGAUGGCCUUCCGAAUGUUGGAAGAGGCUGAAGAGCAGGGUCGAUUAACACCCGGAAUAAGUACCGUCAUUGAACCAACUUCGGGCAAUACAGGAAUUGCACUUUCUCUAAUUUGCGCUGUUAAAGGUUAUAAAUGUAUUCUUGUGAUGGCGGAGAAAAUUUCACAAGAUAAAGAAUCAACGAUGAAAUUGCUCGGUGCCAAAAUUGUACGAACACCAAAUGGAAAAAAUGUUGACGAUCCCGAAAGUCCAUUUGAAGUAGCAAAACAAUUGAGCCAGAAAAUUCCAAAUUCAGUUAUUUUAGAUCAAUUUGUUAAUUCUUCUAAUCCGCUAGCUCACUAUGAUGGCACCGGCGAAGAAAUUUUACAGCAAUGUGAUGGCCAGGUCGAUAUGGUAGUCAUUGGAACUGGCACUGGUGGGUCAAUAACCGGAAUUGGCUAUAAAGUAAAGGAAAAGUGUCCAAAUUGCGAAAUCAUUGGUGUUGAUCCAUUGGGUUCAACCCUUGCCUUACCUGAGUCAAUUAAUAAAACUGAUGUAACAUUUUGGGAGGUAGAAGGAAUUGGUUAUAAUUACGUUUUCGAAACUUUGCAUCGUCAACAUAUUGAUCGAUGGAUUAAAGUUAAUGACAAAACCACUAUGCAAAUGGUUCGAAAUUUGAUUCGAAAAGAAGGUAUUUUGGCUGGUGAAAGCAGUGGCGCUAUACUUGCUGGCGCACUCGAAGCUGCCAAAGAAUUGAAAGAGGGACAGAAAUGUGUGGUCAUAAUGCCAGACGGAAUCAGAAAUUACAUGUCAAAAUUCGUAACUGAGAGUUGGAUGGAAGCAAGAGGAUACAAGGACGUCGUAGAUGAACACAAUCAUUGGUGGUGGCAUCAUACAGUUGCUGAUCUAAAGUUGACUAAAUCGAAAACAAUCAAAUCUGACACAACUUGUAAAGAUGCCCUGGAGUAUUUAACAGCCAAUGGAUUGCAACAAGUACCAGUGGAAAAUAAUGAUGGCUCGUUGGCGGGAUUCAUUGACUUAAAGUACUUGACAAAAAAGAUUGUUAGCUUGAAUUAUCAACUUGAAGACACAGUUAAGGCAGCCGUAUUUGAAAAGUUCUAUCGCGUGACUGUGGACAGUUCUUUGGGUCUAGUCUCCCGACUUUUGGAAACUGAGGGAUUUGUGGCCGUUGUUGAUGGCCCCAAUCGCAUAUUCAGUGUUAUAAAUCAUUCUCAACUACUCAAUUUCAUUGCAAACCGAUCAAAACCAUAGAACCAUUGUACAAGUGUACAUACAAAUACUUUCUUCAACAGAUUGAUAGAUAUUGUGUAUUUCUUUUUUUUUAUUUUGAAUUUAUUAUUUUUUGCAUCAAUUAAAAGAUUGUCAAGAAAUCGACCUCAAAAAAAGUGCUUUACAUCGAUAUUUCAAAUUGCAUAAAUUAAAUUAUUGGAAUGUACAAUUUUAGAAGUAUCUGAUAUAAGUUUAUUAAAUAAAAGUCUGAAAGUAAAUCAUAUA